AAGCAAGGCAGCAGCGAUCAGUUUUACACCAAUUAAAAGAUAUAAAUUUUAUUACUAACUCAAUAUCUUGCACAAUUAAUUUGGGUUUUUCAGCUAUUUUGUUAAUUUGUUAUAAAUAAUAAUUUUGCGUUGGUCGGUAAGCUGAUUUUUUUUAACUGCAGCCUGAAAUUUAAGUAUUGAUAUAAACAUUUAUACCAAAGUUUUAUUUUAGCAUUUAUUUGCAUAAGCUCGUGAUGAUGAAUUUUAGGUCAUUCUUAUCUUCGUUUGUGUUAGCAGUUAACAAACGCGAUUGUUGCACCUUUUUUAACCAUAAAAAAGUUUGAUUGUUGGAACCACUUCAACUGUCGAUCACUUUCAAACCGUCUUCUGAGCUGCGCAUCAUUUUAGAAAGAAUUUUUUGAGAUGGAAAACGAGAACGCUGCUCCAGUCCGCCCGUUACGGUCGACCGGUCUCAAAGGGAAGGUUGAAAAACUGCUGCGCAGAAAAUGUCGUGCCCCGUCAGUCCAUGAGUUGAAGACGAAGCUUCAAAAAAUGGAUCUCCAGCAAGUCUUGAAGCUCAACGGCCGCCGAGUCAAGACUAGCUCCAACAAGACCAAGCUGGCCGAGGAGGUUGGCGAGCUCCUGACCACCCUAGACAGGCACAACGCGCCCCCGCUGCCCCUGGAGGCCGCUGAGGCUGAGCAGCCAACGUGCGCAGUGUGCAAAGACGCCAAGCCCGACUACGUCUAUAGCCUCUGCGGACAUGCUUGUGUCUGCGGCAGAUGCCGCGUCCUUCUCACAAAUGGACCCCCGCAUAACAGGUUCUCGCUGUGUCCCAUCUGCCGAGAGAAACACAGAGAUGACCUUGUCAGAAGACUCCACAUUUUGUAGUUAGUCUGACCAAGUUCCAGUUUAUACAUACUUUUACAAUAACUGUGCAUUUAAACAUCAUACACAUUACUUUACUUGUUUUUCGUUUUUCUGACCAAUAUGCCCAAAACUACCAUUGGAAAUGUUAUUGAAAUUUCUAAAAUUAUGUAUAUUUUAUUAGGAAUUGAAAGAUCUGCAAACUUUUAAUGCAAAAUCCACAAGUUUUAAUUAAAAUUUAAUAAAAUAGCAUAUUGCUUAUUUUAGAAUGAAAUAUUAAUAGAAAAAUAGUUUCAUCAUAUACAUACAUACAUACAAGAACAUAAUAUAUCCGCAUAUAUCUACAUGUAGAUGUCCCAAAAUGCCAAAAUACAUACAUAAUGUGCCAAAGUGUACUCACAUGCGAUGAAAAUCACGGCAUUUCAGCCAAAACUGUCCAAAUUUCACUUUCCUUUCAAAAAAUACAGCCGGCUUUUCGAACAAACCACUCGUUCACCUUAUUGUUGUUUGUUUACCUUUUUGAACAGCAAUGCAACCAACCAAUCAGAGAAAGUUUCCAAUCGU